UGUGUCCAUUGUUCAAAACAGUGAUCAUUAAAUGCAGUGCCUGAACCUUUCCUAGAUUCCAAUUAAAACAAAUCAACAGUAAAAGACAUUCUGGAGAGUAUUGGGGAAAAUCAAACACAAAGUAUAAAUUAUAUCAAGGAAUAUUGGUAAAUUUGUGUGACAGUUAUAUUGUAGUUAUGUUUUAAAAGAUCUUAUCUAUUAGAGAUGCUCAGUGAGGUAUUUAGAAGUAAAAAUAUAUGUCUGGGGUUUGCUUUUGAAUACUCCAGAUGUAUUCAUGAAUUACUUCUUCAAAGAGGAAAAUGUUUUAAUUUUUAAAAAUUCAUAGGGACGCAUGGUGGCGCUACAGGAUAAGAUGAAAACAGUACAUGGGCUAACAAUGUGGGCUCCAUUAUUCAGAACAGAGAAGAUCUAACUCACUGAAAAGAGAGGUAUUGAAGGAGCUACACAUACAGAGCUGCUGGAGGGCUAUCUAUUCUCCAAGGGGGUUCCUGUCGAAAAAUCAGAGCUUUGGCUUCCAAAUACAAGGCUGAGCUUAAAUUUUUUCACGAAAGAGGUUGCCUGAAGGAACCAUGGAGAUCAGAGGGGUACUCACUCUGCGGAAAAGGCAAGUCCUGAUUUUCUUUGUUUUGCUGGGAUUGUCUGAGGCACAUACUGAAUCAGUACACUAUUCUGUGGCAGAGGAAACAGAAAUCGGCUCUUCUGUGGCUAAUCUGGCAAGGGACCUGGGGCUGGGGAUGGAGGAGCUGUCCUCACGGGGGGCCCGGGUAGUGUCUGAUGAUAAUGAAAAGCAUUUGCACCUAGAUUUGCUAACCGGAGAUUUGCUCCUAAAUGAAAAACUGGACCGAGAAGAGCUGUGUGGCUCCUCCGAGUCCUGUGUGCUGCAUUUUCAGGUGGUAUUGGAAAACCCUUUACAAUUUUUUCGGGCUGAGCUGCAUGUCAAAGAUAUAAAUGAUCAUUCUCCUGCAUUCCUGGACAAGGAAAUACUUAUUAAGAUAUCAGAAAGUACCACUAUUGGAACCACAUUCUUAAUGGAGAGUGCUCAAGAUUUGGAUGUUGGAAGCAACAGUCUCCAAAACUACACAAUUAGCCCCAAUUCUCAUUUCUACAUUAAAAUUCGAGACAGUGGUGACAGAAAGAUAUAUCCAGAACUGGUCCUAGACAGAGCAUUAGAUCAUGAAGAGGAACCUGAACUCAGAUUAACACUCACAGCACUGGAUGGUGGAUCCCCACCCAAGUCUGGGACAACUUUGGUUCUCAUUGAGGUCUUGGACAUCAAUGAUAAUGCCCCUGAGUUUCCUCAGAGUCUCUAUGAGGUGCAGGUCCUAGAGGACACACCCCUUGGCUCCUGGAUUAUCACCAUCUCUGCUAAAGACUUGGAUGCAGGAAAUUAUGGAAAAAUAUCUUACACAUUUUUCCAUGCAUCAGAAGAUAUUCGUAAAACAUUUGAAAUCAAUACAAUAUCUGGGGAAAUUAAUUUGAGAUCAAGCCUAGAUUUUGAAGUAAUACAGUCCUACACUAUAAAUAUUCAGGCAACAGAUGGUGGAGGUCUUUCAGAAAAAUGCACCCUUCUAGUUAAAGUAAUAGACAUAAAUGACAACCCACCAGAAGUGACCAUGUCGUCAAUUACAAAGACGAUUCCAGAGAAUGCCUCAGAGACCUUAGUGGCUCUUUUCAGUGUCCGAGACCAAGAUGCUGGGGACAAUGGGAGGAUGGUUUGCUCUAUUCAAGAUGACCUCCCUUUUUUUCUGAAGCCAACGUUCAAGAACUUUUUCACUCUAGUUUCUGAAAAAGCACUGGACAGAGAGAGCAGAGACGAGUACAACAUCACCAUCACCGUCACUGACUUGGGGACACCCAGGCUGCAAACCCAAUACAACAUAACUGUGCUGAUCUCCGACGUCAAUGACAACGUCCCUGCCUUCACCCAAACCUCCUAUACCCUCUUAGUCCGCGAGAACAACAGCCCCGCUCUGCACAUCGGCAGCGUCAGCGCCACAGACAGAGACUCAGGCACCAACGCCCAGGUCACCUACUCACUGCUGCCAACCCAGGACCCACACCUGCCCCUCGCCUCCCUGGUCUCCAUCAACACAGACAACGGGCACCUGUUCGCCCUCAGGUCGCUGGACUACGAGGCCCUGCAGGCGUUCGAGUUCCGCGUGGGCGCCACAGACCGAGGCUCCCCUGCGCUGAGCAGCGAGGCGCUGGUGCGCGUGGUGGUGGUGGACGACAACGACAACUCGCCCUUCGUGCUGUACCCGCUGCAGAACGGCUCUGCGCCCUGCACCGAGCUGGUGCCCAGGGCGGCAGAGGCCGGCUACCUGGUGACCAAGGUGGUGGCGGUGGACGGAGACUCGGGCCAGAACGCCUGGCUGUCGUUCCAGCUGCUCAAGGCCACGGAGCCCGGGCUGUUCGGCGUGUGGGCGCACAAUGGCGAGGUGCGCACCGCCAGGCCGCUGAGCGAGCGCGACGCGGCCAAGCACAGGCUGGUGGUGCUGGUGAAGGACAAUGGCGAGCCUCCGCUGUCUGCCACCGUCACGCUGCACGUGCUCCUGGUGGAUGGCUUCUCCCAGCCCUACCUGCCGCUCCCGGAAGCGGCCCCGGACCAGGCCCAGGCCGACUCGCUCACCGUCUACUUGGUCAUCGCCUUGGCCUCUGUGUCCUCGCUCUUCCUCUUCUCGGUGCUGCUGUUUGUGGCGGUGCGGCUGUGCAGGAGGGACAGGGCGACCUUGGGGGGUCGCUGCUCGGUGCCUGAGGGCCACUUUCCUGGCCACUUGGUAGACGUCAGCGGCACGGGGACCCUGUCACAGAGUUACCAGUAUGAGGUGUGUCUGACAGGAGGUACUGGAACAAAUGAGUUUAAAUUUCUGAAGCCAAUUAUCCCCAAUUUUCAAGUCCGUGACACUGGUAGGAAUAUGGGGGAAAAGGAGAACUUUCGGAAUAGCUUUGAAUUCAACAUUCAAUAAAACAAUUUAUUUUAAACUUC